CCCACCCGGGCCUCCUGCUCCGGCCAUCCCCUUUCGAACCCAGCGUGGUACCCAGGGACCAGCUGGGCCCCGAGGUCAGGCUGCUUGCAGCUUGUUGCCUGAGCCCCACGUUUUCUGCAUCGAAAUAAAUCCAGUUGUUUGAUAAAAUACGGGUUUUUUCUUCAUCCUCAGCUGGCGUGGCCCACUGUUGGGAAUGACCAUGGAUAAAAGUGAGCUUGUGCAGAAAGCGAAACUUGCUGAGCAGGCUGAACGAUAUGAUGACAUGGCUGCUGCCAUGAAGGCAGUCACUGAGCAAGGGCAUGAACUGUCCAAUGAAGAAAGGAACCUCCUCUCAGUAGCCUACAAGAAUGUGGUAGGUGCCCGACGUUCUUCCUGGCGAGUGAUCUCCAGCAUUGAGCAGAAGACAGAGAGAAGUGAGAAGAAGCAGCAGAUGGGCAGAGAGUACCGUGAGAAAAUUGAAGCAGAAUUGCAGGAUAUCUGCAAUGAUGUCCUGGAGCUCUUGGACAAGUACCUUAUUCUGAAUGCCACACAACCAGAAAGUAAGGUCUUCUACUUAAAGAUGAAAGGUGAUUACUUCAGAUAUCUCUCUGAGGUGGCAUCUGGAGACAAUAAACAAACUACAGUAUCAAACUCCCAACAGGCUUACCAGGAAGCAUUUGAAAUUAGUAAGAAAGAAAUGCAACCCACACACCCAAUUCGACUUGGCUUGGCUCUCAAUUUCUCUGUCUUUUACUAUGAGAUACUAAAUUCACCUGAGAAAGCUUGCAGUCUGGCAAAAACGGCCUUUGAUGAAGCGAUAGCUGAACUGGAUACACUGAAUGAAGAAUCUUACAAAGAUAGUACUCUGAUCAUGCAGUUACUCAGGGACAAUCUCACUUUAUGGACAUCAGAAAACCAGGGUGACGAAGGGGAUGCUGGCGAGGGAGAGAAUUAAUGGCUAUCAUGCUUCACUGUCUGUUCAGUAUCACUCUGUACCCUACACAUAUAUCCCUUUGUGCGACAAAGAAUCGUACGUCAACUUUUCACAACCUCAGCAUAGCAAAAACAAUUCGUAGGGUGAACAGUUGGUGUUUGUAUCAAAAACUGAGAUUGGUAAAACAAAUAAUGAUGGCAUUCUGGAGUUUGAUUCUGAUUAGCAUUGUCAGUUAGAAUUACUGAGUGUUUCUCUUUCUCUCUCUCUCUUUUUUUUUUUUAAACUGAACACUGUGAUUAUGGGGUUUUGUAACUCAGCAGAACUCUCUCUUACUGGUAGGAAAAAAAAAAGUAGACCUGAAUUAUGUGUAACUUUUUUGAAAGUUUAAUCUGAUAUCCAAAUAGUCAAAGUACAAUUCUGUUGUAAAGCUGUACAGAAAGUUAUAGAGAUUAUAUUGUGACACUGGGACAAGGAAUGAAACACCCAUCUGGUAAUAUUCCAGCUCAUUGACAACUGAAAAUGAUUCCACCCGUUAUUUGGGGCUUCAGAUUCUUUAUCACUUUGGGCUGUUUACAGUCCAGAACUGGUGAAAGUCACUGUCACAGUUUCCUUCUCCUCUGGGGAAGAUGGACUCCUGACCUUCAAAUUUCUUUCUGAUAGUCACCUGGAUUUUGAAGCUGAAUGAGGUCUUAUGCACACAUAAUCUAGAAUCACAGAAUUAUAGAAUUUCUGAGUUGGAAGGACCUCUCAGCAGCUAUCGUGGAUGUGACAAAACCCCUUUUCCGCAGCAAUAAGUUACCAAUUUGCAACUUAUGCUUAAAUAGUGGAAUCAUCCUUUCAUUGUGACAAGUGAGCUGAAGCAAGAAAAGAUGCAUAUUUUAUGAAUGGCCUUAUCUGUUUGCUGGAUAUUACCUUUAGGAAUAAUGUACUUACAAGAUUGCCUUUCUCUAGGAAAUUUUAAAACAAAAAACCUUUAGGGUAUUCCCAAUUUAGAAGCCAAAAUGCGGUCUCCAGCCAUUCUUUCCACUGUCCUCUCUGCCUAUUAAUGUAAUUUUUUCCUUCCUAGAUUUCUUUCCUUCGGCCUUCUCUUACCUAUCUCUUUUUUCUUUGUGAAUUCUGUCCUUCUGUAUAUUUUUGCUUCACUUUUUGUGAAUAUAUGGGCAGGGGAGGGGGGAGGGGGGAAGGGGAGUUUUCCAGGACUUGUGGACAGGCCAGAACUGCAGGUGCCACCAUUCAGUCUUCCUCCAGUUCUUUGAGCGUAUGCUGCUCUUAAGUCAUACCCAAGAUUUGACGUAAGUCAAUAUGUAACAGUUCCCAUUUUUUCCUCCUGGAAUGCAGCCCCAACACACUUGUUAGUACCUGACAUCAGGUGUGCCCAAAUGAGACCCUGUAAUUUACAGAAUGUUGCAUGAACCAUGCACAGGAAAGUACUCCAAGCAUCCAGGCCUAUCGUCUCACAGCACCGCCUCGCCACCUUAACAUUCCACUGAGCUGUCAAUACCAUCUGUUCGUCCGUUGUCUGCUAAAACAAAUAAAAUUCAUGCACUGAUUUAAAAAAAAAGAAAAAAAGAAAGAAAAAUCUACAAAAACACUCCCCCCCUAGCUGAACCAUUGUGCAGUUAGUCCUUGGCGCUUGAUCAACACAGUAGUGAAUGUGGAACCGAGCCUGUCUGUAUAUCUGGUAGCUCUUUUUUGCUUUGUUUUUACUGACCAGUAUUCUGCCUAACGUUCGCUUCUGUGAUGGGUAUAUUGCGUAGCACACACGUGGUUGUGAAAAUAGUAUAGCAAAAACAAAAUCCCUGGUUAUUGAUGUACUAGAUUUGUGUCUGUCUUUUAAACAGUUCUAGUUUCACCUUACAUGGAAUAAUCAGGAAGAGUGUAAAAGAAUUCAAAAGUGAAAUAAAAAAUUUUAUCAGUUAAAUCA